AACACCCCCCCCCCGCGCAAUGGACCUCCUCCGCCAGAUCCCAUCCCUCCCCUACACCGCUCUCCUCCUCCUCUCCGCCGCCGUCUUCCUCCUCCUCUCCCGCCGCCGCCGCCACGGUCCGCCACCUCCUCCGGGCCCACUGGCCCUCCCGGUAAUCGGUCACCUCCACCUCCUCAGCCCCCGCCUCCACCAAACCUUCCACGACCUCUCCCUCAAAUACGGCCCCCUUAUGCAGCUGUACCUCGGGUCCGAGUCCUGCCCCGUCGUUUCUACUCCCGACCUGGCCCGGGACUUCCUCAAAACCCACGAACUCAAUUUCUCGAACCGGAAACGGUCCACCGCCAUCAAGGUCAUAACCUACGACAAAUCCUUCGCCUUCUCGCCGUACGAGACUUACUGGAAGUACAUCAACAAGCUCUGUAUGUACGAGCUCCUCGGGACCCGCAACAUCGCCCAUUUUCAGCCGGUCCGGGACCUCGAAGUCCGGGCCUUCGUCCAGCAGCUGACGAAAAAGGGCAGGGCCGGCGCCGCCGUCGUCAACGUCACCGACGAGCUUAUGAAGGUCACCAGCAACGUUAUUUCCAGCAUGAUGCUCAGCCUCCGGGCGGCGGAGGACGACGGCGACGCCGAGGAGCUCCGGACCUUGGUCCGGGAAGUCAGCCAGAUUUUUGGGGAGUUUAAUGUUUCGGAUAUGUUCUGGUUCUUGAAGGGUUUCGAUUUGCAGGGGAUCCGGCGGCGCUCCGAGGAUAUAUGGCGGCGGUACGAUAUUCUUCUCGAGAGGAUUAUUUCCAGCCGGGAGGACGAGCGCCGGGCCGGCGGCGGCGCCCCCGGCGGGGAGCCGAGGGACUUUUUGGACAUGUUGUUGGAUGUAAGAGAUGGGAAAUGUGAAGUGGAAUUCACUAGAGAUCAUCUCAAAGCUUUGGUUAUGGAUUUCUUAACGGCGGCGACAGAUACGACAGCGCUCACAAGCGAAUGGGCAAUCGCAGAGCUCAUAAACGACUCCAAAAUACUCAAGAAAGCCCAAGAAGAAAUCGGCCGUGUUAUCGGCCGAGGCCGGUUGGUAAAUGAGUUAGACGCGCCGAAUCUUCCCUACCUCCAAGCGAUCAUUAAAGAAACGCUUCGACUCCACCCUCCAAUCCCGCUUCUCCCUAGAAAAUCCGUCGACGAUAUCGUAAUCCACGGAUACAAAAUCGCCGCCAAUAGUGUACUAUUCGUCAACAUUUGGUCGAUCGGCCGUAACCCCAAGUAUUGGGAAAACCCGUUGACGUUUAGGCCCGAACGUUUCUUGGAAAACGGGAAUGACUCGAUCGACAUCAAAGGACAACAUUUUGAGUUGUUGCCGUUUGGCACGGGCCGGAGAGGUUGUCCCGGCAUGGUUAUGGCUAUUCCAGAGUUGAUCAGUAUAAUCGGGAAUAUGAUCCAAUGUUUCGAUUGGAAAUUGCCGAACGGCGAGUCGGGACCCGUCGACAUGUCGGAGCGGCCGGGAUUGACGUUGCCGAGGGCUAAAGAUCUUUUGUGUUGCGUCGUUCCGAGGGUUGAUCCGGCGAUUGUUUUUCAAUCGCCGUAGAGAAAUGCUUUGGUAGCUUUGGUUAUUGCUGUUUGUAAGCUUAAGUCUGUUCUAUUAUGUUGUACGAUAUGCAAAUAAAAGUCCGACUGGUUUUUGGUCGAA